UUAAUUAAAAGAUACACUUACACUGAAAUCAAAAGAAUGACAAAGUCUUUCAGCGAUAAGCUUGGGAAUGGUGGUUAUGGUUCUGUAUUCAAGGGUUCACUCCAAGAUGGUCGCUUGGUGGUCGGGUCGUUACACUUGGUCACUGUUAAAAUCCUAAGUGAAACUAAAGGCAAUGGAGAAGAUUUUAUCAAUGAGGUAGGAAGCAUCAGUAGAACUUCUCAUGCCAACAUUGUUGCUCUUCUUGGAUUUUGCUUGGAGAGAUCAAAGAGGGCUUUGGUUUACGAGUUCAUGCCGAAUGGAUCACUUGAUAAGAAUGACAUUUGUCUUGCGCUUGCUAAUUGA